AUGAGUGAAGUUUUGAAUUAUUUAUCUUCAUGGACCCCAACUUCCACACCUACAUCCACUACAUUAUCGUCAAUAGCUACAUCCCAUGCUUCAAAACUUUCUCAAACUGUUGCUUCAGUAAUUUCUGACGCCCCCACUGAAACUGCCUGGUAUGUUUUAAGGUCAUUGUCACAAGCAUAUCGUGGUGCUCAAGCUUCAUUGACAAUCAUUUCUGCCGAACAAGUACUAGCUACAGCUACAGACAGUCAAGUAAAAUCAAAAGCCACACAAGCGAUUUUUGAUGCUACUUUAAAUCUUAAGGAUCUAGCUAUGGAACAAAAUAUUUAUGGUUAUGAAUUAAAUCAUGCUGCUAAUAUCAUAUAUUUAGUCGUUUACGCAAUAAUUUUUGCUUACACAAUUGUAAUGUGCAUUAAAUCAAGAUAUUGGUGGUUUAAUGUAACGUUUGUCUGUGGAUAUGGUUUAGAAUUUAUUGGGUUUCUAGGACGAGUGUUGUCAUUUAAUGAUACUUCCAAUAGGAGUCUUUAUAUAAUGCAAUCUGUUUGUUUAACCAUUGCUCCAGCAUUCAUUAUGGCAGGUGUAUACUUUUUAUUUGGACAGUUGGUGGUCAUUCAUGGACGACAAUAUUCAAUUUUGAAACCAAUGUGGUAUUCUUAUUUUUUCAUUACUGCAGAUGUGGUUUCACUAUUGAUUCAAGCUGCUGGCGGAGCUGCAGCCUCUGUGGCGUCAACUAAUCAUGAAGAUACUUCAACCGGGACUAACAUUAUGAUAGCUGGUAUUGCUGCUCAAGUUGCUGCGAUGACCGCUUUCUUGGUGUUUUGGUUUGAGUUUAUUAAUCGUUUGUAUUUUAAGAAUUCCCGUUCUGAUUUAAUUUCGGAUUGUCCUUAUGGUCGUCGUUCAGUAAGCAAUUAUUUUAAAUUAUUGUUAAACGUCAAAUCAGUGAGAGGACACCGACAUACUCAUUUAGAAAAGUACUACAACCAACAAUUUGCUGGUAUUCGACAAAUCCCAUUAUUUGAUUAUAUGGUGCUUGCUAUGACAAUUGCUGUCAUUGUUGUCUAUAUUCGUUGUGUUUAUAGAGUGGCAGAAUUAUCUGAAGGAUGGUCUGGAUAUUUGUUUACUCACGAGCCAUAUCUUAUGAUUUUGGAUGCAGCUAUGAUUGCUAUUGCCGGUCUUGUUUUCAUUCCCUUCCAUCCAGUUUGGGUAUUUGGUAAAAAGAAUAUUGUCAAGUUGGCAACCAUUAAAAAGAAUUUAGAUGAAAAAAAGUAUGAAGGGGUUGAGUAUACCGAUGAUCUUGAAUCACCGGAAGGCAAUCCUAACGUGGCUGCAAAUGAUGUCCAUUGUUUAAAUAGUAAGUUAUAA